CUGGCCGGCCUGUGCCUGGCCCUCGGGUGCCUGUGCGGCGCCGACAAGCUCCUGAGCCGCAGCCACGAGUGGAAGAAGCUGAUUAUAGUUCAGCACUGGCCUGCCACGGUGUGCGAGGAAGUUCAGAAUGACUGUAGCGACCCUCCGGAUUACUGGACAAUCCACGGAUUAUGGCCUGACAAAGGUGGAGAAUGUAAUCGAUCGUGGCACUUCGACUUAGACGAGAUCAAGGACCUCCUGCCGGAGAUGAAGGCGUACUGGCCUGACAUCAUCCACUCGUCUCCUAACCGCAGCCGCUUCUGGAGGCACGAGUGGGAGAAGCAUGGCACCUGUGCCGCCCAGGUGGACGCGCUCAACUCCCAGCGCAAGUACUUCGGCAAGAGUCUGGCCCUGUACAAGCAGCUGGACCUCAACAGUAAGCUGCUUAAGUUUGGAUUAAAGCCAUCUAUCAACUACUACCAUAUUCUAGAUUUUAAAGACGCCCUUACCAGAGUGUAUGGAGUUAUACCGAAAAUCCAGUGUCUUCCGCCAGAGCAGGGGGAAGACGUGCAGACCAUCGGCCAGAUAGAGCUGUGCCUCACCAAGGAGGACCAGCGUCUGCGCAACUGCACCGAGCCGGGGGAGCGGCCGGCGGGUGUGGCAGCCCAGGGCCGGGAGCUGGCGGUCUGUGAAGACGGCCCGGUGUUUUACCCCCCGCCCAGGAGGGCCUGGCACGGACAAAAGCAAGGCAAACCCACUGUGCUGUGAAAAACUCCCGGAGUAAAGCCACCCUGCUGUGUAGAACUCUGGAGUAAAAUCGCACAUCCGUAGCUGUCUGACGGCGA